AUUGCAUUCAAUGUGGCGGACAAUGCUUAUUGGUUGAAUUUGGUGACUGCUAUGAUAGUUUCAGGAAAGGGGUACAAGGCCCCUUCUCGCAAGGAUUUGAGUGGGAGGUUGCUCACAAAUGCAGUUGCUAGGGCAAGAGAAGUGAUGGAGGAUCAAAAAAUUGAAUGGGCAAAUUAUGGCUGCACCAUUCCUUCUAAUGGGUGGACAGAUGGCAAGAAUUGCACCAUCAUCAAUUUUUUGGUUGCUUGCAAGGAGAAUGUAGUGUUCUUGAAAUCUGUUGAUGCCUCCAGCAAGGUGAAAAAUGCAGAAACAUCGGCUGGAAUGUUGGAGCAUGUCGUCAUGGAGGUGGGGGUAGAGAAUGUGGUGCAAAUCAUCACAGAUAAUGCAGCAGCAUAUUUGUCAGCAGGAAGAAUCGUCCAAGAGAGGCACCCCACUCUUUUUUGGACACCUUGUGCAGCACAUGUCCUUGACCUUCUUUUGGAGGACAUAGGAAAACUUGAGUGGGUGACUCUAGUUGUGGAAGAUGCAAGGAGGAUCACCAAAUAUAUUUACAAUCACUGUUGGGUCCUAAAUUUGAUGAGACAGCACACCCAAGGGAAAGAUUUGGUGAGAGCUGGUGUCACAAGGUUUGUAACGAUUUUCUUGACGUUGCAAAGCCUUCUUGUUGCAUUGACUUCUUUGAAACAAAUGUUUGUGAGUGGAGAAUGGCUUAACUCACCUUAUUCAAAGAAGCCUGAAGGAGAGGCUGUCGCAUGCAUAGUCUUCGACAACCAAUUUGCACAAAGGGCUGCAGAGAUUGUGAAGGUGUCAGAGCCCUUGGUUCUAGUUCUUCGCUUGGUGGAUGGGGAUAAAACCCCAAUGGGAUAUCUUUAUGAGGCCAUGGAUAGGCCAAGGAGUCUAUCAAAAAUUACUACAAGGGGGAUAGACUUAAAUUUGAUCCCAUUUGGGAAAUUGUUGAUAGGAGGUGGAACAAUCAGCUUCACCAACCCAUUCAUGCAGCAGGGUACUUCCUCAACCCUCGUUUUAGGUUCGGGGGUUCUUACUCAGAUCCGAAUGGAGAAGUCAUGGAGGGCCUCAGUACAUGCAUUGAGAGGAUGGUACCUGAUGUUGAGGAGAGAGGCCUCAUUGUGAGUGAGCUCCAAAAUUAUGAGGGAGGAAGGGGUAAGCUAUUCUCUUCAGAGCUGGCUAGGAGAGGAAGAACCACUCAAACCCCAGGUAUAACAUUUGCCAUUUGGAUUUUGGGAUCUAAAGACUAAAAUGAUUGAUAAAUUAUGUUUUUUGUUUUCUCUUUGCUUUCUAACUUUUCCAUUUUAUUUAUUUUGCAGAUGCUUGGAGGCAAAAUUGGGGUGGAAACAUCCCACAUCUCAAAAAAUUUGUCCUUAGAGUCUUAUGUCAGCCUUGCAGUUCAUCCAAUUGUGAGCGCAAUUGGAGCUUGUUUGAAGCAAUCCACACGAAGAAGAGGAGCAAGUUAGCGCAGGAACUAGAAGGUGGUCCAAUUGACUUGGAUGAUAUAGAUCCUUACAGUGAUUGGACGUCACAGGAGCAGCCUCCAUUGUUUUCGACACUAGCAGCACUGGUUUGGAGAGGCAGGCUAUGGAGGAGGGGGGUGGAUUUGGUUUCAAGCUGGAUGACGUUGAGGAGGAGGAGGAUGAGGAUUCAUUGGCAGUGGCAGGAGUAGGUGGAGACAUAGCUUCAUCCAGGAUGGAGGAUGAGUCUCAGUCAGCCAUACCGAGCGAGGAGGCACAAUCACGCCCACAGUAGACUUAUACGACUAGACCUUCUAGUUCUACCUCUCCCCAAGUUUUUGCUAGAGAUGGGAAGAGGAUGCGAUUUUGUAGACACUUUGCAUUUAAAUAUAUCUAGAAUCAGCUUGUUUCUUUUGUGUUAUCAUUUAUUGACUCAUUGGAUGCAUCAUCUUCUCAUUAAAUUUUGCAAAAAAAAUGCAUUUUUUACUAAGUUUAAGCGUGUUUUUAAGUUGUCGAGUUUUUCGCCGAGUUUUUUCGAGUUUUUCUUGAGUUUUCCCUGGGGGCUUGGCGAGUCGAGCCGAGUCACGAGUAGUCCAACUAUGAGUAAGACGAUAUGGAGGUAAGGAAGAAGGGCCUCCAACACAACCUAACUGUGUCCCUCUUCCUAAAGUUGUCUCUCUCCCAAUGGCCGCUCGAUCCUCCUUUUGCUUCUUUUUCCUUUCAAUUUCCUCAACCAUUACAUAGCAAUCACGUACUGCCUCAAGGAGUUCUUUUUGGCAUGGUUCGGCAUCAUGUCCACACACACCAACAAUAUGGUAUUUCAGUCUAUAUAUAUCUCCAUGAAAUAUUGUUUUGCAAAAUGUACAUUUUGUUUGCCCCUUUCCUUGCCCUGGAAAAUCCUUGUGAUAUUUCCAAGCAGGGUCCUUUCUAAUGGGGGGUCUAGAAGCUGAAGUAGACAUUGUAGGAUAGUUUUGUGAAACUUGAAGUUGAGGCAAAUAAGAAAGUGAAGUUUGCUGCAAUAAAACAUUACAAAUACAAAAUGAAAUUAAUAAAUACAUUAAAACAAACUAAGGUAGGGUUUGUAAAGUUAAAAUAAAAUAAAAUUGUAGGGUUUGUCAAACCCUACUUUAAAAAAAAAUAAAAUUACAAACCCUACAUACAACCAUACAUAGUACAUACUACAUACUACAUACAAACAUACAAAAGAUUUUGGAAGAAAAUGUAGAACUUUCAAAAUAAAUGAAUAGAAAAUGGAAUUUUUGCAUACAAGAAACAAAAAAAUCUCCAAAAAAACAAUCUUACCUCUUACAACAAGCUUGAAAUGAGCUGCAAACUCUUCCUAUCUAACUCUUGAUGCACCAAAUCCAAACAUAGUGCAACCUCAAUGUGAAAAAUUGAAGAAAACUUGAGCUUCCUCCUUGCUAGUUUUUCUUCUAUGCACCCUUGUUUUUCUUCCCAACUCACUGUACUCCUCCUAUUUUUGCAAGUGAAUGAAAUGAAGUUCACUUUUAGGGGUUAGAGAUAAAUAACAAAAAAAAAAAGAAGUUGAAAAAGAUUUUUAAAAUGUUUAUUUUUUGCUUUUUUUUUGGACCCUGCCGCCGGUCGAGUUUGAGGUUCGAGACUCGCCGAGUUUGGCGAGUUUAUGCCAAACUCGCCAAACUCGGCAAGCCAGACUUGGGCGAACCCGAGUCCGAGCUCCAGAGACUCGGCGAGCAUGUCUUGUGCUCAGACUCGCCGAGUUUGGCAAGUCUAUGGCGAUUUUCUAAUCUCUGAUAUGAAAUCCCACUAGAUAGUUUAGGGGGGUUUUGUCUUCGAAAUCAGCAACUCCAAGAGAGUUUUCAUUUUCAAGAAGAACUCAGGUUCAAUCCAACAACAAAAAAAUUAACUUUUUCUAAUUUAAUCUCACAAAUGAGCUCACAUCCUCCUUUUAUGGCUUUUUGGAGGAAAUAUUGAUAUUUUUGAAAUAACAAUUCCCUUAUUCUUCAAAAUGGCCUUUUGGAAAGAUAAAUAAUAUUUCAAUGUCCAAAAAGGCCCCUUUCCCUAGGCAUCCAACUUAAAGCACACUAAAAGACACAUUUUUAAUAAAUUAUUGCACUAAGUUGUCAUUUUAAUAAUUUAACAUCAACUUAAGUGAAUAAUUAAAUUAAUUUACCCAAGUCUUGGAAAGCAUUGAAAUGUUAUAGAAAUCAAAUUCUAAUCAUACCAGGAUGAUACUGAAGAUUUAGGAUGAUAAUCACAAGCAAUUGGGUGACUUCCUAAAAAUAGCUUGUUCUUCCAAUAAGUUUGCAGAGUUUUGAAAGGUCAGAAAUCAAUUCUAAAAAUGUCAUGGUCAUCCACACUACCAAAUGAGCUCAUUGCGAUGAAUAUCAACCUUGCUAGAUUGAACUUGUGCUUUCCAAGAACUUUGGUAUUCUCCCAUACCUAACAAUUCGCCUACCGGAAAACUUGGAAAAUAUGCUAAUUGUCCAACAAUUGAUUAUGCUCGAGAAGGGGACAUUACACAAUUACAAGGACAAUGGAUAUAUUAUGGGAGGUGGAUGUCUCACUGUUAAGUUUUUCUUUGUCAACCUGUUGGAGUUAUCAUUUUUAAUUAGAAUACCCAAUUUAGCUAUGAAAUUUACUCUCUUUUUUCUUUUUUUGGCAUCUUUUUCUAAACUCUUUUCCAUGUUCAUGAGAGAACAAGUGACAUAACGACUCUCGUAUGAUUUCUUUGAUUAACAAACAAUCAUUCAUUUGACCUUUAAUUUGAUUAGACCCGCUUUUCUAGCAUUGAACUUGCAAGUUGUAAAUAAAAUAAAAAUUUGGAGCUCAAGAUGAAUGCAUUUUAAGAGUGGAUGAUUU